UCUCUCUCUCGCUCCCGGCCAGGAGCGAGCGAGCGAGAGAGAGAAGAUUGCUUCCCCCUCAACGUUCCCACUAUUUCUCUCUCUCUCACACACACCACACAGGAGUGGCUUGACAGGGCACAGAUUUCAAGGCCGCCACCAAUGAUUCAAGACUGCAAUUUCAUUACCUGAGUGGUAAACACGGCAACGAUAACGAUGGCUUCGGGGAACAUAGGGUUGGCUUCUUUGGUGCCAGCACUUGACGAGGUGGCAAGGGCUACCCAGGAGGAGUAUCCCACAUUGGUCCAAAAACCCAGACGCAUUCUUUGUCGAUUUAUAGAACAGUAUUUAACAAACAUCAAUGUCGUUGCACAUGAACUUGGGGAGAAUAUUGGGAGUCAACAGUGUGCUAUGCUUGUGAAAUUCAUCAAGCACAUAGUCCAGUCCUCCCCACACAUGUUUGUGAACCCAGGUCUUCCUGCAUUGGCCUCCACCGACCUCGGGAAUGAAAUGACUUCAGGUUCUAAAGACUUCUGCAGCUGGAUUGUACUGCGGCUUCUGCGCAUUCUGGCAUCGGGCGCGUGCAGCGUGCUACAUGGCAGUGUGAUGGAGGCGGUAGCGUUGCUGCUGCAUGUUAGCCGACUGCCAGCCGUGACACUUUUCGCACAACUCUGCCUCGACUUUCUUGGCCUCAUGAGAGACCUUGCGUGCAUUUCACGUCAGCAGCUCGACUCACCGAUGGAUGUCACACCUUGGCCCGUGACGCUCGUCGGGAGGUUUGCAGUGGUCCCAACGGACUUCCUGCAGGAGGCGUCACUGCAAGUUGACUCCCACAGCAGUCUGGAGCUUUUUCAGAUAUCUCUUACCAAGCUGGUGCUGCCCAUUCUUCCGGACAUUGCCCAUCUGCUAGAUGGUCAUCUGCCUGAGCUGUGGGCUGUAGCAUGCUGCCAGCUGCAGAUGGGCCGACCGCAACUGAAAGCAAUUUCCAUGACAAUUCUCGCUCAGCUGACAGAGAUGGAAGGGCCUUCGCAUGACCACCUGAAGGACUUUUUAGUGGAGAUGCUGGUAGGCGUGAUGGAAAUCCUUGCUGACAGGAAGGUGGAAGAACGGGAUGAAGAUGCAUCCGUAAUGGAAGAGCCGUUCAUGCAGCUGAUGGCAGCCAUCUUCCCAUCGCAACGCGAGAGCGAGCGAGAGCCGUAUUGCCCCCCCGAGUGCCUGGACUGGCUCAUUGAUAAGUUGAGGGACUUUGUAAGUAGGAGGCCUCUGCUGCAGGUGAAAAGCUUGGCGGUUCAGGCAGCAUUGUGUGGCGUGGUCCAGCACGUGCUUUGUUGUCCUCCGGCCGAAUACGAAUGUGCUGACCGCAUAAGGCGUGAAAGAGUGGUGGUCAUCUGCGCACACCUGAUUGGAGUGCUUGGUACUUUUACAUCACAGAAGCAUUUUAUCAGGUGCUUGGUCAUGGCCAUAAUGCAUGAACUUGGUGUCUUGAGCGAAGAAAACGUGUGGCAGGACACAGACCACAGUACCGAGCCAAGAUCAGAAGUUCUUGGAGAAGAGAUAAAUUGCAAUGAUCAGCUGGAAUCUGGCCCCGCAAAGAAGAGGCCUUGCCUAGACAGCAAGCAGACAGGCAACGGUGAGGUACAGAGCGGCCUGCUGCACAAGUUGCAGGAGCGUCUGGGGGUACUGCUCACUCAGCUGAAGGACAAGUCACUCCCAAACACCUUGGAUCAGCUGGAAGGAGUGGCCACCAUUGUGCAUGUCAUUGCACUGGUCUGUGCUGGUGUUGCCCGCUUGGUGCCAAAUGUCAGGGAGCCUCUCAAGGAGGUGCCACGGUCAGUCGUGGAUAGGACCUGGAUCCCAUGUACGGAGAUCCUCAAACAGGUGGUGCAAGUGCUGAUGGCUUACUUGGAGGGACUGGCUAUGGGUCCCUUGACUGAGCAAUCACUUGCAAGGGUUAUCUCCAUCAUCGAUGGGUUAUUGCUCAUGCAUGUUCACUGUACAGUCUUUUCUACUGAUACCCUGGAGCACUUCUGCUGGGUCCUGUCCCUGCCGUGGGUGCACAAACGCAAGGAGAAAACUGAGGUCGCCAUGAAGAGUAUACAGGAGAUGACAUCUAUUGGGCAGCGACUGGAGGCUGCCUUCACACCAUGCUUGCGAGCACGCUGCUUGUGCCUGCUUGCACUGCUGCCCAUUGACAUAAGCUCAAGCUGGCGCAUGGUGGUGCUGCAGUUGGCAUCGGAGAGCUGCGCAGAGGAGGAGCGGGCAGCCGCAGUGUGGGCUGGCCCAGUGCUCCUGCGGCAGCUGCUGAGCCUCAACGCUGCAUCUGGUCUCGUCCGCAGUGUGUUACAGGAAAGACUGACCGACUCGUCAGAUGCAGUGCAGAAGAAAUUGGCAGCUGCCAUUGGCCCUCUGGCCUGUGUGCUGGCUGGCUGUUCGAGUCUGCUGUGUCGACCGUUCACUGCUGCCCUUAAGAGCACAAGUGAAUCGGCCAUUGGUGAUGAGCUGCUGUGCCACAAUUUUACACUUGGCUGUGGUGGUGGUGGCAGCUAUGGUAGUGGAAAUGGUGGGGCGCAGCCCAAAUGCAGUGGAAGGAUAUGCUUACCAGCUUCUACCUUAACGCCGUUUCUACUUUUGCUUCAACCCAACACUGCUCCCGAGGUCAAGCUUGCAUUCAUUGGCAGCCUGCCUGAGCUGCUAGUGCACAUUAAUAUGCGUGGCGGCGAUGGCAACGGUGGAGGCAACUCGGAUGUACUAGACAUCAUGGACUCCUGUCUUGGUCUAAUGGAAGACAAGGAUCUGGGGGUGAGGAUGAGCUUCAGCCUGGCUGUGCGACACCUCAUUGCUGUGCUCGGACCUGAGGACAAAGCGGAGCCCAGCCCCUGCAGUGAGUUGCUGAUCUCCAAGCUGAAAAUGGCCUAUAAGAAGGCCAAGUUGGCACGAGAUGAGAGUCUGCGCACCACCCUGGCGCUCACCACGGGGCAAAUCAGCAGGGUUGCUCAAGGGCACAGUGUUUUGCUGUGCAUGGUGCUGAGCCUGGUGCACAGCGUCACAUCCAAGUGGCCCCUGGUGGCUGCCACAGCACAUGGCCAAAUCCGCCAGCUGGCCAGUGUGCGAGGCAUCUCCCCGCAGGCUUUGUUCAGCCAGUUCAAGAAGCCCAUAUGUCAGUUUCUGGCCAAGUCGAUGCACGACUCUCAGCAAACUGCCAGCUCGGAGCCCUUGCCCGAAGAACGAGAAGCCUCCCCAGAUGUCUUGUCUGAAGUGGCCAGCGUGUUUGACUUUCCUGAUCUCACCCACUUCCUAAACAAGACGUUGCGUUAUCUGCUCACGUUCCUGGUCGCGAAGGCGACGCCUGCAUCCGCCACGCUCAUGGGUCUGUUGGCACAACAGCUUCACUUAGGCUCUCGUGAGGCUCUGCUCACCAACUUCAAGUAUAUUUUCUCUCACCUGGUGUGCUGCUGCUCCAAGACUGAGCUGGAGGCUGCUCUGCUGUUCGUGCAGAAGGAGACAGAAAUUGAGCUUGGCAGCCUCCUGCGGCAGGACUUCCAGAGCCUCCACAAUGAGCUGCUGCUGCGGCUGGGCGAGAGUUACCGGCAGGUGUUCAACGGACUGGCCAUGCUGGCCUCUUUCUCGUCCUCGGAAGCUGCUCAGCACGUGUGUGGUGAUAUCUCCUCAUCUCAGCAAAUGGCAGAGUACUUACAACCCCGGCUGCUCGGAAUUCUGGCGUUUUUCAACCUUCAGCUCCUGAGUUCUGGAACCAGCAUGGAGGACAAGAAAAAGACGCUUAACAGCCUGGUGUCCCUGAUGGAGCUCAUGGGCUCCAAACACGUGACGUCCGUACGGGUCAAGAUGAUGACAACCCUACGAACAGGGCUGCGCUACCAGGACGAAUUUCCCAGGCUCUGCUGCAAGGCAUGGGACUGCUUUGUCCGUUGCCUGGAACUGACAUGCCUAGGCCCCCUGCUGAGCCAGAUCAGUGUGGCCCUGCUCCCUCUCAUGACACGAGAGCCCAAGAACGUGGCCUGCAUUUUCCACUACAUGAUUGUGGAGAACAAGAAUGCAGUGCAGGAUUAUCUGCAUGAGGUGUACUUCAUGCCAGACCAUCCUGACUUAGGCCCUAUCCUGGAUGUGCUGAAUGCAUACAGUAAGGAGCAGUCUCGCUCAGCAGACCUGGUCGCGGAACUGCAGCGGUUGAUGCGUUCCGUGCAGCAUGAGAACCUGCAGAUCCGCAUCCAUGCACUGUCCCGCCUGCGCCACACCCUCUACCAGAACCAGGGCAAGCUGAUGAAGUACGCUUGGGAGAGUGAGACAGUAGAACCCGUGAUCUCGCAUCUGGUCACUGUCCUGUUGGAGGGUUGCCAUGAUGCCGACCUAUCUGCACGCCUGCUCUUUGGCGAAUGCUUGGGCGAGCUGGGAGCGAUCGACCCUGGCCGUCUUGACCUGUCUGCCAGUUGUCAACCAAACAGAACUACUACAUUCCUGGCUGCAGUGGAGGAGCCUGAAUUUGCUCGGGAACUGCUCACGGAGCUCACUCGUGCCUUCUUGGCCACGGCCGACAAUGUGCGAGCACAGGAUUGUGCUGCCUAUGCAAUGCAGGAGCUUCUGCAGAUCUACGCCUGCAAGGAGGGCACUGAGAGCACUCCGGGGCGCUGCCUCUGGAGAUCCUUUCCUGACAAUGUGCAGGAGAUUCUGGAGCCACACCUGCACACGAGGUACAUUAAUUCAUCACCCAUGUUCAAUUGGGCAAAACUGUGGAAGCCGAUUUAUGUCAUGAAUGUGAGGAAGACAUUCCAAGAUUGGGCAUGCACAUGGGCAGGCUACCUCCUCACCAAGGUGCGGCAGGAGCCAGCACGCAGGGUGUUCACGUCGUGCAGCAUGAUCAUCAAGCACGAUAUCAAGGUGACGCUCUUCCUGUUGCCGCACAUCCUCGUUUAUGUGCUGCUGGAUGGUGACGUAUCCGAAGAACAGGAGGUUUUUGAUGAGAUGUUGGCAGUACUACAGCAUGAUGUGGGCCAGGAGGGGUCUGAACGUGCUGAUGCGUCAGACCUCAGUCAGAUGAGUGCCCAGACCAUAUUUUCGGUGCUUGACCACUUGACCCUGUGGUCUAGGCAUAAGUUGAAGUCGCUCAAGAAGCCAAAUGGAAUCAAGUCCAAAAGCAAAGCUGGCACGACGAGCAGUGCAGUGGUCACAUACACCUUAGGAGACGAGCAGUACCAGCGAGUGCAGAGCUUCCUAAAGCGCAUUCCUCAGAGCGUGCUCUCCUCAUCCUCAUUCCGCUGCAAAGCUUACACACGUUCCCUCAUGCAUUUUGAGGCACACAUCGGAGAGAGCAAGCAAGACAUACAGAAGCACCUGGCAUUCCUGCAGACAUUGUAUGUAGCCAUGGAUGAACCAGAUGGCGUGGCGGGUGUGACGGCACUUCGCAAGGAAGAGCCAUCGCUUCACGAGCAAACGCUGGAGCACGAGAGCAUCGGACAAUUGCGUGAUGCUACCGCGUGUUACGAGAAAGCCAUCCAGGGCGAGCCACACAAGAUUUCAUACCGUCACGGGUUGCUGCGAUCACUGCUUGGCCUUGGGGAGCUCUCCACUGCCUACUCUAUGGUGAACGGCAUACUCUCCCAAAGGCCUGAGUGGACAAACGAACUCAACGUGUACCGGGUGGAGGCUGCUUGGAAGCUUACCCAGUGGGGUGACCUGGAGACUUGUCUCACCAAUGAGACAUCUGGCUCCUGGAGCAUUGGACUGGGCAAAUUGCUCCUAGCGGCCAAACAGGGUGACCGCGUAACGCUCGAACGCCAGCUCAAGGUGGUACGUGCCGAGCAGAUGGUGCCCCUCUCUGCUGCCAGCCUGGAGCGUGGAUCAUACCAGCGUGGAUACGAGUACAUCAUCCGGCUGCACAUGCUGAGUGAACUGGAACACAGCGUGAGCCGCCUGUCGGCCGGUGAAAACUUAGAGAAUCGGAGCGUUUGGUCCUCGGCGUGGCAGGCGCGGCUUGAAGUGACGCAAAAUUCAUUCCGUGCCAAGGAGCCGAUCCUGGAGCUGCGCCGGGCCCUGCUCUGCCUCGCUGGCGAUUCGGAUGCACUGGUCGGGGAGUGCUGGCUUCAGAGUGCAAGGGUGGCACGGAAGGCAGGGCAUUACCAGACGGCGUACAACGCCCUGCUGAACGCACGUGCCGUGCACCCCCCAGACCUGUGCGUGGAGAGGGCCAGGUGGCUCUGGAUCCAGGGAAAGGUGCACCAGGCACUGCUGCAGUUACAGAGGAGCGUGGAGCAGCACGUUGGGGGAGAGGGCUGCCGACCUUCUGACCCGCGCCAAACGGCUGUGCUGGCACGUGCCUUCCUCCUUAUUGGCCGCCUCAUGGAGGAGACGGCUAACUUUGAGAGCAACGCCAUCGUCAAGCAGUACAAGGAUGUGACCUCCCUCCUUCCUGAUUGGGAGGAUGGGCAUUUUCAUCUGGCCAAGUACUAUGACAAGCUGAUGCCAACAAUGACCGACAACCGCAUGGAGAAGCAAGGCGACAUCAUCUACCGCAUUGUCUAUCACUUUGGGCGGUCCCUUAUGUUUGGUAACCAAUUCAUAUACCAGAGCAUGCCCAGGCUUCUUUCACUCUGGUUGGAUUUUGGAGCCAAGGUCUUCGAGCUUGAGAGAGGCAACCGCUCAGAGCGUCAGCAUCUGCCUGUUGCAGCCGACCUGGCCAGGAUCAUCAAGAUCAUGACGGAACACACACAACAGCUGGCCCCCUACCAGUUCUUCACUGCCUUCUCCCAGCUCAUCUCACGCAUCUGCCACCCGCACGCAGCCGUUUGUGCUGCUUUACAGGCUAUCAUUGUUAAGGUGCUGACACGCUACCCACAGCAAGCCUUAUGGAUGAUGAUGGCUGUCUCAAAGUCGUCACAUACCACACGUGCCGAGCGCUGCAAGGCCAUCUUCAGCAAGGCGGUGCAGGUGGAUGGCUCCCUGAGAAAGUUCAUCCGAGAUGGCACAGUGCUGACCGACCUCCUGCUUGAGCUCUGCAACAAGCCAUCAAAGGACAAGAACACCAUGAUGACCAUGAGUGUAAACUUCCGUGGGCUGAAGCGCUUGGUCGAAGACCCCAGCUUCAGCAAUGUGCUCAUCCCGCUUCAGGCUGUCAUGACGCCCACGCUGCCAUCGACACCUGGGGGCCACGCCGACCAUGACCCUUUCCCUGGCAACAUGGCCUAUAUCGUGGGCUUCAAUGACCCGGUGGAGGUGUUGCAUUCGCUGCAGCAACCCAAGAAGAUCUGCAUUCGUGGCAGUGAUGGCCGGUCCUAUACGAUGAUGUGCAAGCCCAAGGAUGACCUACGCAAGGAUUGCCGCCUUAUGGAGUUUAACUCGCUCAUUAACAAGUGCCUGCGCAAGGAUGCCGAGUCCCGGCGACGUGAUCUUCGUAUUUGCACUUACGUUGUGAUUCCCCUGAACGAGGAGUGCGGCCUGGUAGAGUGGGUCAACAACACCGAGGGCUUCAGCAACAUCGUCAAAAACCUCUACAUUGAGAAGGGUAUUGGCCUUACCAUGGCCGAGGUUAAGAAAUUCGUCUUGCCGAAGGAAGCACCGCUGGAACAGAAGCUGCGCAUGUACCAUGAGAAGCUGCUGCCACCUCACCCGCCUAUCUUCCAUGAGUGGUUCCUGCGCACCUUCCCAGACCCCACCAGCUGGUACAGUAGCCGCCUGGGCUACACCCGCUCCACAGCUGUCAUGUCCAUGGUGGGCUACGUGCUGGGGCUGGGUGACCGCCAUGGCGAAAACAUCCUCUUUGACUCUCUGACUGGCGAGUGCGUGCACGUCGACUUCAACUGCCUCUUCAACAAGGGCCUGACGUUUGGUUAUCCGGAAUUGGUCCCAUUCCGGCUCACUCACAACAUGGUGCAUGCCAUGGGCCCCAUGGGGCUGGAGGGGCUCUUCCGGCGUGCCUGCGAAGUUACCAUGCGGGUUAUGUGCGACCAGAGGGAGUCCCUCAUCAGUGUGCUGAAGACCUUCAUCCAUGACCCGCUGGUGGAAUGGAGCCGGCCGUUACAUGGGUCUUGGAGUGGUUCGGCCAACGAGGCUGGGGAAGUGGUCAACGAGAAGGCCAAACAGAUUGUGCAGGACAUCGAGCAGCGCUUGCACGGCGUGAUCAAGAACCCCAACAACAAAGUGCGUGGCUUGCCGCUAUCCAUCGAGGGCCACGUGCAUUACCUCAUCCAGGAGGCCACCAAUGAGAAGCUGCUCUGUCAAAUGUACCUCGGUUGGACUCCUUUCCAUUAGGACGGUGAUCCUCCAACCAACAUGGACCAUCUACCAUCCAUCAUGACUUGCCUACCGUCCAAAAUGAGCCGACUUAAACAACUUGUCCUUGAACUUUUAAAAUGGCCGUUUUGUCAUGGACCACCUGCUUUCUGGUAUGAACCACAUUAUGCUCAUUUUUGAGCUCCUCAACAAUGUCACUCAAACAUUUUAUAUGUCCAAUCUGUCCCACUCAUCACCAAAUCUGUAAUAUGAAGUACCUUUCUCCAACACAGGCUGACUACUGAAUAAAAUAACCUCGCAACUGGAAAUUCAAGCAAUUGUCUCAAUUUGAGGUCACAUUUAAAUACAUUUCAAAUACAUGAGUAAGAAUUAUGUUGUCAUUACAACUAUACAGGCAGACUUUGCUUGGCGUGAUCCCGUAGAAUGCUGAUUUGGUAUAUCCCUGUUUGUCUUGAAGACAUUUUUUUUUACUAAAAAGAGUGUAAGAAUUGUUUUUGUAAAAAUCAUCUACAGGACAAAGUGUUUACGAGUGAGAACAUGCACCAGCGCUGGCUGAGAAAAUGUACCCGCCCCCAUGAAUCGCUCAGCCAAUGAGUUAAUAGCUUAUGAUGGUGGUGAGGAAGGGAAGGAGGAGGAGAUGAUAUUUUUUGGAAGGAGAGUCCCCUCCCAUUUAAACUUCAGGAAGCUGAAAUUCUGGGGGUUUUUUCUUUCUCUUUUCUGUCUUUUUUUUUUACUUGGACCUGAUUGAGGCGCACCAGGUUUGAGUUUUACUAAAAAAGCCUGUUUGUUUUUGCCUUCUAAGAAUGUUCCUGAAGUGUGACAUUGUCUGGUCAUUCCACACACUACUGUUACGGCGGUGACUCAUCCCGACCCAUACAAGUUCUAGCAAGCGCGUCGUAUCCCAAGACAUUUUUUCUCUCGUCAAAACACGACGUAUACCAAAUUCGACAUACUGUAUUCCAAAGCGGUUGUAUACCGAGGUACGACUGUAUAGCCUGUGGUAUAAUGACCCCUUUUCGCGCUGAUUCGAUUGGCACUCACUUCUCCAGGAAAGCACCUUCAGUGUGCUCGGCGAGGUCUGCCUGCAACAUGUUACGUAUCUUUUGAUUUAAAGCUUUCAUGACUGCAGGGAUUCAUCUUCUUGGUUCUUUCGGUAAAGUCACGUAAAAGGGAAGUAAUAAAAUAAUAAAAAUAAAUUUAGCUGUGACGGUUUCACCUGAAGACGGAAGCUUGUGUUGCCUCCGAAACGUCGUGAGAAUUAUUUUAUUAUGUUUUAUUUUUAUUAUUUUAUUACUUCCCUUCUACGUGACUUUACCGAAAGAACCAAGAAGAUGUUACGUAUCAUUUCAUGUUUGAGGUUGCCACUGCAUUUGACCCAUUCCAAAGUUGGUAUUUAAAUAGAGAAAUACAUUGGAGAAUGUUUCAUUAAUGUAUUUUUAAUUCACUUGAAUAUGCUUAUUAUUUGGAAAGAAUACAUUUUGUAUAUAUGCUUUCAUCACUACAACUGUACAUCUGAUGAAAAUAAACAUUUGACAACC